CAAUUUCCAAAAAUUUUCUUUCUUUUAUUUACCACCGAUCGUCGCCCGCAAACUCAAUCCAAGAAAAAAAAACUCCGCCAUGCCGCUAAAUCCCCACGACUCCCCCAACGGUGGUUCACCUCCUUCACCGUCAAAACCGAAGGAAAAGUUCCUGUCUUUAAUCCUGAAAGCCAUAAUCAUGAUGUUUCUCAUCUCCUUCUUCUUCCUUCUCCUCCCUCUAGCCUCUUUUCUCCUCCUCCUCCUCCUUCCUCUUCUUCUUCGCCACCAGCGUCACGGCGACGUUUGCCACUCUCAUCCCUCAUCUGGCUUUUCUCCAAAACAGCUCAAAAUGCUUCCCCAAUUCAGAUUCUCCCAGGAAACAAAACCUACCCAUUUGGAAUUUGACUCUUGUGUUAUUUGCUUAGAUGGGUUUGGACGAGGGCAGUUGUGUAGAAACCUUGUUGGGUGUGGUCACUUGUUUCAUAGGAAGUGUUUGGAUGCUUGGUUAAUGAAAGUUGCUGCUUGUCCAAUUUGUAGAACAAGGGUUUGCUUGGAUAACGAAGAUAAUGGCAUAUGGGGUUUUGGUACAAGAAGAACAGAUUUUCAGGGUUUGCUAGAUUUGAGGAGGAAACAAGCUUAAUAUUAGCCUCCCUUCUACCCAGAGGGUCGGAUGUAACUAUCAAGUGGACUUUUCUGUUAUUGGGGGCUCAGAAACACUUUGCAUCAUCUAUUCUUAUCCGUUCUCCCAUCAUUGUUGAAAUAGAUUGUUAUGCUGGAGGAGAUUCCAUCUUUGCUUUCAGGUCUUUCUUGACAAUUUGAGAAUUCAGUAGUUUACAUCUGCUAUAGCAAUAGAAUUAUUAUUAGUUUCAUUUGUAUCCUCCCAUCAACUCUUAAACCCCAACCCCAGUGCUGCUUGUAUAUCGCUGGUUGGAAAGCUUUGCCAGCCCUAAUGGUCCACUCAUCUCAAUCCUCAAGCCUGCCAUUAACUUUAUCAACUACCUAUUGGUUGCUCAGCCUUCGCAGGCAAUGCCAAUGGAUAAAUUCCCAUCAAUAAGCUCUCCAUAAUGGAGUUCCAACAGCUAUGGCUUAUGAAGCCACCAAUUGCCUGAUGAGUCAAAAUGUCAUUACUCCACCAAGUCUCUUACUGUUCCUUUUAUCCACUCCUCCAAUCCACUUGGGGGCGAUCGUUUGUUGACCUGAUCGCCAACAAGAAGACAUGACCAGCAGACAUCAUCAAUCCUUUUAGCGCCAAGCCGGGGAAAUUUCGUUGGAUCUUGUAAGGCAACGUUUUGCUAUGUUUGUAUGGAUCCUGUUAUUCAUACACGUAGGCCAAAUUCAUAAACAGGCCGUCCAAUGUUUUAUUGGAUGACUGUUCCAAGGAAAUUUCCAGUUUGCUAGCUUCUGUCGUACUUGUCCUUUCGUGUUCCCAAAAGGCCAAAACUAGCUAUUCACUUUGGAGCU